GCAUCUGUUACUCUAUGGUGGAACCGAGUUUUUAAAAUAGUGAAACAAGAACUUCUCAUGUUUUUCUUUAGUAUUUUUUUAUUUUUUGUUUUACUUUUAAUUCUUAAAGCUCAUUUCAAUAUACACCGUUGGAGUUACUCUUAGUCAACUUUCUUAAUCAACCCAUUAAGUCUGGUAAGUUUAGUACCAAUCUGGUAAAAAAACUCAAAUGGACUAGAUUAGCUUGAUUGAGAGAAUGGGUUACUUUUGUAAUUAUCGGAAACUUCGAAUACUAAAACGUAAAUAUAACUUUCUUUGUACUUUAUUAUUUUAUCAGUUCCAACGAACUCAAGUCUUCUCCGAUCUGCAAUGGCGGACGCGUCUAGUUCCGACAUCACCGGAGAGAAACAGACAUUCAAGAUCCGAAGGCUAGAGAUCACCGACAAGAGAAAUGGAUACAUGGAGCUUCUCAGCCAACUCACCGUCACAGGAUCAGUCACCGACGACGAAUUCGAUCAGCGUUUCAAGGAGAUCACCUCCUACGGAGACGACCAUUUGAUCUGCGUCAUCGAAGAAGAGUCAUCAGGUAAGAUCGCGGCGACGGGGAGCGUGAUGAUAGAGAAGAAGUUCCUGAGAAACUGCGGCAAAGUCGGGCAUGUAGAGGACGUCGUCGUGGAUACAGAGUUCCGCGGGAAACGUCUCGGGAAGCGAGUGGUUGAGUUUCUAACGGAUCAUUGUCGAGGGAUGGGUUGCUACAAGGUGAUUCUUGAUUGUGGCGUGGAGAAGAAAGAGUUCUACGAGAAAUGUGGGUUGGUUAAUAAAGGGAUUCAGAUGUCAAAGUACUUUUGAUUGAAUCUUUGUUUUCUUGUCUUACUCUAAGCUUUGGUCUGAAUCUAUUGCAAAAGGUUUGAUGAUUAAUGAGAAACAUAUAGUUUGGUAA